AGCGUGUCAAAGACCGCAGCAGCUAAGUUGAUAAGUCGGAGUUUCCGUUUGCUUCAGCUUCUGGCAUAUCCAUGUCGCACCAUGGCCGAAAAUAACUGCGCAGCUUGUUUGUAACUCUCCGGCUGUUAUUAUGUUGUCCAACAGAAACAGCUGACUCACUGACAGAGAGCCGGGCUGAGGCGGUUCCACACCGCGGCAUGGCGGCGGCUGCUGCUUCUUCAAGGUGAAAGUCAACGGUGGGAUCCUCCAUGGGCUGAGCCGCCACCGACUGAAGAUGAUUGGCUCACCAGACCUGCUGCCCUUCACCGGCAGCGGGGGGUUUGAGGAGGAAGGAGAGGAACCGGAGGUUCACACGCUGCCUGAGGAGUUUUCUGUCCGCCUUUUACCGCCUCACAACCCCUGGAGCACAGCAGCCCAGUUUCACCGGGACUUUAUACUGGUGGCUGAAUUCUCAGAGCAGGUUGGUCCAAAGCCUGUCUUAACAAUACCAAAUAAUCCAAAGGUCAUCGGCUCGUUUGACCUCAACCACUUCUCCGUCCGCAUUAUGUCUGUGGACUACCAGGCGUCCGGCCCGGGUCACACAGCCCCUGCUUCACCUGGACCCCGCCUCAAUUUCAGCGAGGACUCCAGGGUAAUCCUGGGAGACUCAGCAGACGACUCGUUUGCGUACGUUCAUCACCUGACCCUGUAUGACCUGGAGGCUCGGGGGAUGGUGCGACCUUUCUGCAUGGCCUACGUGUGUUCGGACCAGAGCAAGCUGAUGGAGAACUUCUCUGAGCUGUCCGAGUGUUUUUCUCAGGCCUCUGACAGCUUGAAGACUGGAAACAGACAAGCGUUCUCCUCUGAACUGCAGAGAAAGCUGCAGGAGCUCGAGUUCAGACGGAGGGCCCUGCUGCAGGACACACACAGCAGCUCUGCCUCCACAGGAGCAGGAGGCAGAGCUGAUGAGCUUGAAGCUUUAGAGCAUCUGAUCCUGAACCACAGAGAGCUCCUUCGCCAGGUCACAUCCUACCCAAACAGGAAGCUCCAGCAGCCUGACUUCCUGCCCUACGACACGGCCUACCUGCCGUCUGAGCCGUCCUCUCCCUGCCUUCCCUCCACUGCCUCCUGCAGGUCUGAGUCACUUCUGAAGCCACUGGAGGAGCUCUGCAACUCCUACUUCCUGUCCCUGGUGAAAAACCAGCUGGCAGACACAGAGCAGCGUCUGCGUGGUGACAGGAGCGUCCUGCGAACUGAUCGUGUCUCACAGCUACUGUCCAGGAAGCUGAAACUUACAAACUUCCUGUUUGAGCUGUGCUGCCCUGUGGAUGCUGAGGAGGAAGAGGAGGAGGAUGAAGCAGAGAGGCUCUCGGGGAACACUGUGGGGGCUGUGGAAGGACAAUCAGAAAAGCAUGCUGAGGAGUUGUUCUCCUGUGUGGAAGAAAUACAGAUAAAGAUGGAGGGAGGGGGAGGUGGGAGAACGACCCCUGACCCCAGCGCGUCCACAGACAUGAUGGGCAGCGUGAGCAGCAGCGACAGCAUUGAGGUUCUCGGGACGGAGAAGUCGUACCGGAGUCAACGGGCUGUUGUAUCCGACAGCAGAGAAACCCGUGUCGGGACGACAGACGUGAUUCUCCAGCAUGCAGCAGGAGACGCAGGCAUUCGGCGCCUGCGAACCUCUGCCAGGCGUACCAACAGUGAGGACAGUAUCGAGGUUCUCAGCACGACUGAGUCCAUCGUUCCUGAUGACCUGUCCGCCAUCACAGAGGAAGAGGCGGAGCAUCACACUCUGACCAAUGGAUUUGAGGAAGAGGAAGAGUCAGAGGCUGGCUGUAAGCCUGAUGAAGUCCUCAAGGAGAGGAUGAAGAACACUGCUACUGCCGGGGAGGAAAGAGAUCAAUCUGGUGGAAGAAAAGAACGUUUAGAGGAAAUCAUAUUCAAUGUUACAGAGAAAGACAAUUCACUCACAGAGAAGAGUAACGAAGUCCAUAAAGACACGAUGAAUAAACUGCUACAAGCUGGAGACGCAGUGGAGUCGAGGCAGAAGAAGUCAAGGCCGGUGUUUGACCUCCAUGUAAAAAUAGCUCCUAAAAGCGUCUUGGCGGAGGUUGCUCUGCGCACGCCGCCCUGCGGUCCUGUGAGGCUGCUCAGUGUGGACGAGUUCUCCGACUGCACCAGCUUCACCAGCAGCUCAGAGCCACCGUCUCCCACCACAGUCAACCUCACCAGCACAUGUGUGGACAAGAAAAGGAAGAGGAGAAGGGCUGGCCUGCGAGCCCUCAGGUUCAUCAAGCAGCUCUCCUUCUCCCAGCAUGCCAUCUUCUGUUUGCUGAUUGGCCGGCCACUGGUUGUCAUCGGAGGAGACGAGCAGCUGGUGAGGAAGCUGGUGGACGGCUUGAGGCUCUUCCUGCCAGCUCCUGGUGCUGAUGGGAGCGCUGUGAUUUCAUGUUUGGCCACGCCCCUCCAGCUGACCGACCUGCUCACCUGGAGGCUCAUAGGAAUACACAGAUCAUCUUCCAGUGCAUCCUCUUCCAUCUUUCAGUCUCUGACUCACUUGAGUCGUUACAUCGCUCUGCUGGACCUGGAUCAGAAGACGCUGCGCUGUCCUUCAUAUGCCGGAUCCCUGGUCGGCUUCCUAGCCAACCCUCACACUGGCAUCAGCCGCGGCCUGACCUACCUGCUGCACCUGGAGAGCUGCCUGACUGAGCUGGCCAACCGGGUGCUGCUGCAGACCUUUACCGCUGCUUCCCAGCGUUACAGAGCCAUCGCCGAGGAAAAGGACUCGCAGCAAGCACCACAACUCUGCAGCAGUGAAAAUGAUUUUCGAGUGAUGCACUUUCUGACUGACCUGAUCACACAGCGCCACACCGGACACGGACCGCCGCCUUUCAGGUUUUCCUACAGCUCAGUGCAGCUUCACAGGAACACAUAUCCAACAUAAACAGACUGAGCAGCAGAGCAGAUUCACAGGAUGCUUUUAUUUUGGUACCUGCCCUCCAUGUCCAUACAAUGCCUUAGUAGUAAUUAGCAGCUGCUGUAUGUGCACAAAGGAUUGUUAAAAUCAAUAUAAAUAUGUGCACAUUUAAGACUCAAACGGAUAUGAAUGUUAACUGUCUCCAUCCAUCAGCUUGACCUGGAGGUGGACAUGAAGGAGCUGGUGCAGACCUCUACCCUGAACAGGUCGCCAGUUCAUCAAAAUUAAAUUAUACCUUCAUCAUAAAUUCAUACAUAUCAAUAAAUAAGCCAGAGCAAAGAUAACCUGUACACGGUAUGGUUUCAGUUUGUCUGGUACUGUGACUUCUGCUUUUUUUUUACUAAUUUCCUUUUUUUCAGAACAAAUUGUAAUUUUGAUAAUUUAAGCUAGUCAAACUAUGCAACCCUAAAUAAAUAAAUGUCAUGACUAUAGACAAUGUAAAACAAAGUGAAUAAAAGAAAACCUAAAAAUCUGCAACAUUUUCAAGAUUUAAUCAAAUCCAAAGCAUAUGGAAUCCUAAAACUCAGGGUUUAUUUUUAAGACAUUUUUUAGCACCGACUGUCAGCAACUUGCAUCCGCAUAAGUGUUGUGCUUCCUAACUUUAAUGCAUAAAAUAAACCUUUUCCAACAAUGACUGAAAAUUUUCCAUUUUGAAGAAUUAGCCAAAUUUUGACUGUAAAAGUUUUGACCUAUUAAUAUAUUAACAUUACUUUGGCUUUAAAAAUCAUACAGCAGCCAAAGAGUGCAAAAUUACUGGAUUUUAUUUAUAUAUGUAAUAAAUGUGAUAUAUUCCAUUGUGGAUGAUUUACUUUGAAAAUAAAGUCAGGGAAAAAAAAAGGCCAAACACUGGAGUCAUUUAUUAAACCAGAUUAUCUCAGAAAUCAACACUGAUGGCAGUAUGAGUCCUUAUGAACAUGAAAGAAAAUCAUUAGACAGAAACAGAAACAGAAUUCAUGUCCACUUUAGCAGCACUCAGCAAAUAUUUAGUUGAUCUUUAAAGUAGAUUUAAUACAACUGUACACCGUGGAGCAAGGUUUUAAAUAUGAAAGUAGAAAAAACAAACAGUCAAAUGGAUGAAUACAUUAAUGAGAGAAAAUAAAGUAUGAAAAUAAUUAUUUUUCCAUCUGAACUGUUCUUUUUGCUGUGCAUGUCUGCAAGUCAGACCUGCAUUGGAACUUUUAAUUUCAGUAUUAGUUUGUUCUAAAGUUAAUUUCUAAAGUUAUAUUUUAAGCUUUGUCUAAAUUGUUUUUUAAAUAGUUGACUGAUUUUCAAACGGUAUAAAGCAUCAUAUGUUAUAAUCUAAAACCAGUGUUAUUGUACAGCGCAUCAAAAACCCGUUUCAUUAAAUUACAUGAAGAGAAUUGAGGGAAUUGUUUAGUUUAAUAAAUGGUAACAAAAGUGUGAAAGAGUAAAGAGUUCUCUCCCUGUGUGUCACCUGAGGCACAUUCCUACCAUCCACUGCGCCGCAGACAGAGGUUCAAAUGUAAAGCACAUGACAGCAGAAUCUUACUGUUGGCUCAGCGUUACUGUCAUGGUGCUUAAAGUAAGCAAGAAAUACAACAAAAGUUCCACAUGGCUUCACAUUGAGAUAAAAA